AUGGAUCACCCCCAGCAACCCUUCUGCUACCUCUGCAGAUCGUACCAUGACCCUGAUGUGGAUCACAGCAAUGAGGGACUGUGGGAUCGUGUCGAGAGGGACCCCGGCUUAUCUAGCGAAGGGAAGGAAGCUGCACAAAUCUUGAAGCAUCUAUCGGUCGUUAAAGACAGAAAGCACAGAGAAAGCGAGGAAUGCGCCCAAGACAAUUACGAAGACCUUUUGAAAGAGUCUAUGGCCUCUGAACAGGGGUGGCAAGAGGAUGGUGCAGAGCAGGAGCAAAAGAUAGUCGAUCUGAAGGAGGACAAUGUCGACCUGAAGGCGGAGAUUUCUGAGAAAGAAGAAGAGAUCGAGGAGAAGGACAAGAAGUUGGAGGAGAUGAAAAAGAAGUUGGAGGAGACGGAGAAGAAGUUGGAGGAGUCGGAGCGCCAACAAGCCAAGAAAGACACGAGGAUGGUUGAGCUCGAGAAGAUGAUGGAGGGCUUCUAG